AUGGCCGCCGCAGCCAUGGAUACAAACGCGCUGCCGUCGACGCUACAAAAUGCACAGCACACCUUUCUGCAACCCACGCUGCCCCUCUACACAGACACACUCGCCUACCUGAAGCAUGCGCUUGACCCUCUGGCGCAGGAUGUCAGUAAGACGCAACAGCAGCGCCAACAGGAAGUGCGAAAGAAGAGAAAGCGGGGAGAGAAGCUGCUGGACGAGGACGUGCUCCGGCUAAAGCAGAUUCACACAGAUGGCUUCAGUGUGGAGCAGGUAUGGGAGCAGGCGAGGCGGGUCAUUGAUGCUGUGGCUGUCGAAGCAGAGAGGGGAGUAGAAGUGGCAGAGUUGGACCGGUCGGCAGGAAUCAAUGGGCACGAUGAGGUCGAGGAAGAGGAGGUUUACGAUUCUGCGGACGACGAUAGCUUGGGUGAGGAGGGCGUGGAUUAUGAAGUAGAGGGUGCGGACGUCGAUGGCGAGGAUGCUGAAGGCGAGGACCAUGAUUUGGACAUGGAUGGCGUUGAUGAUUACCAUGAUCAAGGCCUGGACGACGACGACAUCGAUAUGGAUAUCGAAGGAGCGGAAAUUGGGAAUGACGAGCCGGCAGAGGAAUUCGUGGCCGACAAGUUCGGGCUGAACGAUGGCUUCUUCUCCAUUGACGACUUCAACCGCAAAUCGGACUUUCUAGAACAGCAAGAUGCGCGAGGCGACGACGACGGAGCAGCGAGCGACGAAGAAGACAUUGACUGGGAUGCGGACCCAGUUGCGCAGACAGCUGGUGCCCAUGGAGCUGCAGCAGACGGUCAGGACGACGAAGAUGAUGACGACGAAGGGCCUACGUUCGGCGACCCAGAUGCAUCAAGCGAAGAUGAAGAAGACGUCGAUGCUGGUGAGUUGGAUGCGAUGGGUGGUCUGUCGAACACCAACGACAUCAUGUACAAGGACUUUUUCGCUUCACCAGCACAGAAGAAGCGGAAAAAUAAGAAAGGACGGCCGAACCCUCAUAACUUCCCAGCGCCGGCGCAGAAUGGCGGAGGCGAUGAAGCUGCUGAGGAGGAUGUUGAGCGAACAAUGGCAGCGGUCCACCGCGAUCUGUUCGAAGAUGAUGAAUCCGAACAGGAAGAAGAAGAGGCGCCGGAAAAGCUUGAUCCAUCCGACCCAAGAUCUCGACGCUCUGCCUACGAGCGCAAGAAGGCUGCUCUAGCUGAAGAGAUUCGCAAGCUCGAAGCUGCAAACGUAGCAAAACGUGAAUGGACAUUAUCUGGCGAGGCUCGCGCAGCCGAUCGACCCCUCAACUCUCUUCUCGAAGAAGAUCUAGACUUUGAGCGCACCGGCAAGCCGGUACCCGUGAUCACGGCCGAAGUCAGCGAGAGCAUCGAAGAGCUCAUCAAGCGCCGUAUCCUCGCGCACGACUUCCAAGAUAUCAUUCGACGACGACCAGACGACCUUGCCACAGGCUCUGCAGCCAGGCGGGGCAGACUGGACUUCCAGCUGGACGACAGCAAAAGCAAGAAAGGUCUGGCCGAAGAGUACGAAGAGGAGCAUCUGCGCCGCACUGACCCGAACUUUGUCGAUGCCAAGGAUGAGAAGACGAAGAAGGAGGAAAGGGAAAUUGAGGCCAUGUGGAAGAAGAUCUCUGCUGAUCUCGACAGUCUUAGCUCCUGGCACUUUAGGCCCAAGCAAGCAGUGCCGCAACUCGACAUCAGGGUGGAUGCGCCAGCUAUCAGCAUGGAAGACGCUCGGCCAAGCGCCGGUGGUGAAGUAGCAGGAGCUAGUCAAUUGGCGCCCCAGGAGGUGUAUAAGGCUGGAGAAGGAGCUAAAGGCGUACGAGAGGAGGUUGUUGACAAAUCUGGCCUGCCUGCUGGUCGUGAGGAGAUGAGUCGUGAGGAGCGGAAGAGGAGGCGAAGAAGGGAGAAGGAGAGAAUCCGGAAGGCUGGUACGAAUGAAGGAGAGAAGGAGGGGGGAAAGAGGGAGAAGAAGAAAGAGAUGUUGGGUGAUCUCAAGAAGGGUGGUGUGAAGGUUAUCGGACAGAAGGGCGAUGUGAGAGAUGUGGAGGGGAGAGAGGUGAAGGCUGGGAGUGGUGGGGGGCAGGGUGGCGGAAGCUAUAAACUCUGA